AUGUCUGAACAAAUUAAAAAACCAAUUAAAGAUUUAUUUGAAGAAAAUGUAAUUUGGGCCAGGGAUAUGAAAAAGAAAAAUCCCGCCUGCUUUGAAAUUUAUAAUGAUCAAAAACCAAAAUUUUUGUGGAUCGAUCCUGGUGAAAUCUUUGUUUUUCGAAAUAUUGCUAAUCAAUUCAAUAUUACAGAUUUAAGUGCUUUAUCAGUAAUAGAAUACACUAUAGAGGAACUUAAAGUUGAUCAUAUAAUAGUAUGCGACCAAGAUGGUCACACUGGCCAAAAUGGUUACACUGGCCUUUGGGUGCAAAAUAUCAAAGAGGUUUACUUGUUAAAUAAACCUCAGUUAGAUAAUAAAACGCUUGAAGAUCGAUAUAAACUAUUGGUUGAACUUAACGUCAAAAAGCAAGUUUACAAUAUUUGUGCCACAGAUAUUGUUCAAAGAGCGUGGAAAAGAGGCCGUAAAGUCUUUAUACAUGGUUUAGUCUACAACAUAGAAACAGGCUUACUUAAGGAUCUUAAUGUUGCUAAUUGCCUUGAGAUUUUUUCUAAGCCUUUAGACUUUCCAGUUGAUGAAAAGAUUAUCAUCCAACAUAGUGAAUUGCCUCCUGUGACAGAUGAACUUUCGGUUACAUUACGAUUCAAACUUGAGA